AAGCUUAUAUAAUCUAAUAUAUUAAAUGUAUCAUUAAGAUUGUCUUGACUCUAAUUCAAAAUCGAGUCAUCGAAUGGUGAACGCUAUACAACAAUCAACCACCUAGCUGUUGGUGGUCUUUGACAUUCCCUAGCUCUCCCGGCUAAAAAAUUCCCAGCUGUUGAGCUCGGAACCCAACAGCUACAUCAUCAAAACUGCCAGAGUAAUCAUCACACCAUCACAACAAAAAUUAAAUCUGAGAUGGCGGAACCAGCUGCAGAGACACCAACUGCGGAGACACCGGCUCAAAGACAAGCUCGCAUCAGAAAGGAAAAGAGAGAGGCGAAGAUUAGAGAUGGAGGAAAUGCGAGGUUAAAUAAAAUUAUCGGCUUGGGGGGUGGUUUGCCUAGAGGUAUGUGUGUGUUUUUUUUAUGAAUAUUUUCUAUUUGGAAAAUGUUUGAUAUCUUUUGGGAUGUAAUGAGUGAAGUUAAAUAAUAUUUAGAUGAAGUUCCAUCUCCAUCGCCAUUUCAAAAAUCGAAUAAAGAUACAGACCAUGCGGAUCCAGAUGAAGUAGAUAUUUCGAAUCAUUAUUAUGAGCCACAAACCCGCACACCGAUCCAUAGGUCUCAAAGUGCUGGGCAGCAGCAGAUAGAUGAUGAUACGUUGAGACAGAUGAUGCUGGGUAUGGAUCCAGGCUCUUUGGGUGGUGAAAUGGGACAAAAUCCCUAUGGAGGUGCUCCAGGUCAAAACCCUUUCGCAGGUUUCCCAGGUAUGAGCGGCGCACCAGGUGGAGAAGCCGCAAACGAUCCCAUGAUGCAACUGCUACAACAAAUGAUGGGGGGAAUGGGAGGACCACCGGGUGAAGGACAAGCGGGCGUGCCUUCAUUUCCAGGUAUGCCAGGUAUGCCCGGGAUGGGCAUGCAAGGACAAGCUGAAGCCGCUGCUAUCGACCCUUACGCCUAUAUUUGGCGCGUGGUUCAUGCUGUUUUCGCAUUAUCGCUUGGGUUGUACAUAGCACUUACGACAUCAUUCACCGGCACGAAAUAUGCGCGCGAGGCGUCGGGUUUGAUGAAUGAUGGGCUGAGCGAGGAUAGUGUGCAUUUCUUUUGGAUUUUUGCAACGGCGGAAGUGGUGUUGUUGACUAGUAGGUUUUAUUUGGAGAAGGGGGGUUCUAUGCCUGCCGGCAUGAUGGGGACGGUGAUGGGAUUUUUGCCGGAACCGUGGAAAGGGUAUUUGGGGUUGGUAAUUAGGUAUGGACGGAUUUGGGGGACGGUUAGUGGAGACGCUAUGGUUUGUGUUUUUGUGUUGGGAGUUUGUGCGUGGUUGAGGGGUGGGAAUUAGUGGUUUUAGGUCUCAUUAGGUACUGUGGAUUGGUAAUUAUGAUUCUAUAACGACUGGCUUUAUGACCAAGAUCAAAAAUUCUUCUUGUCAGCUCCGCUCAGUGAUUUAUGAAAUUGACCAGUCUGGCUUAUCGACUGGAAUGAUUGUCCGACGAAGUGUGAAUAAAACGUCUCUU